AUGAGCAGAGAGAUACGGGGUUGUCUACGAAAAGCGGGUCUACAGAAUGACGUGAGAGUUGUGGAAAUACCUCCAACGAAUCUCAAGGGUCAGCUGAACACAUUUAUCAAGGAUCGCCCUCUCGUCAUUAUCGACAAUUGCACCAUCUACUGCAGCGAUGCAAAUGAAAGGAAAGUAGGAGGCCCCGCAAUAGCUGUUGGGAACUAUUAUAACAACCUGGUGGAGGGGUUUGGAUCAACGUCAAGAUGCGCCUUUGUACGAUUGCGGGAUCGCAGAGGACUCAAACUCUGGAUCGUAAGUGCUCAUACAUCUACGGAGACCGCAGAGGACCACAAGAAGGACGCGUUUUAUGAUGAACUCAGUAUCCUGAUAUCCAAAAUACCAAGUCAGCAGGCGGUAACUGUCGAAAUUGCAAUGAAUGAAAUGCAAAGAUGGGACCUGAACAACAAUCCGAUGUGCUUGGAAAAUGCACCGAGGAAGAAGUUCGCCUUUGCAUCUGCGGAGACAAAAUCCACGUACAGUUCUGUAUGUGUUGCCCGCGCUAGUGGUGACUUCAGCCAGGAGAAGCGUCUGAAAAGGAGAAAGCGUCGUCAGCUGAGAUCACGGGAACGAAUGGACGUCAAGAGCGAAGGUGUUUGA